GACAAUAAAUUGUGCCGCGUCACAUAAGUGAGGAGUAACUGACGACCGAUGCGCUGCCUUCAAAAGAGCGUAUGGUAUGUUGAGGACAUGAAGUGAGGGCCCAACGAGGCCAAUAACAUCGCCCGGCCCUCUUCCUGCGCGGUUUUCAAGAUGUCACUCCGAUCCCUUUCACGUCAAUGCUUCCUAACCUCGGAUUUUAAUAUCCUUGGUUUUCUUCAUCACCUUUCUCAACUGCAAUAAUCCUCUCUAUUUGUUUGUCCUCAAUACUUAUACUCUUUCAAUACUUUCGCUUGACUGUUCUGUUUCUCCAUCAUCGUACCUGUAUGGCAAUUGCUUUGCCCAAUAUGCAUCCUACGCAAAAGGUCAUCACCGACACCAACAAGUCUCCCUUAAUACAGGUCUUGGCAUUGAUGUUUCUUGUCAUCUUCCUCUUGUCAUGCUCUGUCCGCAUAGGAACCAAGAUCCGUAUGAUCAAAACCCUGAGGGUCGAUGAUAUUCUUACCAUCGCCGCAACUGUCUUUGCAAUUGGGCAGUCAAUCGCUACGUUCAUAGCGUGUGAUAAUGGACUGGGGAAGCCAGCUAGUAGUCUGGACUCCAGCGAAAUCGUCAUAUUCUUCAAGAGCCAAUAUGCGGCCAACACCAUGUUCAUCACCUCCGUCUUCUGUUGCAAGCUAUCAUGCACAGUUGGUCUCCGGAUGAUGAGCCGAGAAAGCCAGAGAUGGAUUGUUCUUGGCUUUGAGGCCGUCGUUGGCGGGUGGGGAGCUUCUGCGCUUAUCAUCAAUCUUUUCCAGUGUGAACUACCUACGCCAUGGAUAUACACCAACGAUAAAAGAUGUAUCGACCGAACCGCUUUCUGGACUUAUUAUUCCAUCACGAAUAUCACCACGGAUAUUGGUAUCAUUAUUGUUUUUUGCGAAAACGUUCUGAAAAUCCAAAUACCAUGGUCUAAGAAGAUUUUAGUCAUGAGCGUUUUUGGCAGUCGAAUCCUUAUAACACCUGCAAUUGCGGUUCAAAUCUACCAUUCCAACAAGGCAUUCGCUUCCACCGAUUUCACCUUCGCGAACUGGGAAGCUGCUAUCGCUUUACAACUGGUCCAGUGCCUCUCCAUUGUCACUGUUUGCAUUCCCAGCUUUAGGCCCCUUUUCAACAGCCUGGAAUCCGGCCAGAUCCGUAUUGACGACCUUCGACGACAGGGCAAGUCUGGCAAUAGCAUCUACCCGAGCAAGGGGUCGCGAUAUAGUGGAUAUAGGUCAGGUCAAAUCAACCCUUCAGGCAUCAUAUCACGGACAAUGAGGUCAGCCGAGGAAGCAACUGUGACUGAAUCGCAACUUAGCACAGUGCACGAAUUGACUGACUUAUCCAAGUCAAUCGCCCGAGGAGCUAUAAAACUGACGAUGGAGCAGAAGGGGGAUACUUGGGACGAGCCAUGCCGCACCAGCCACUCAAGUGAAUUAAUACUCAUGCAGCAAAUAUGUUAAGUUAAGGUGCGACGAAUGCAUGAAGGUGCUUUUGAGCAAUGCUGGAGAGAAUCUCUCUUUUUCCGCUGAAGGAAUGCGGGAUUCUGGCUCUCACACAGGGAAAUAUCAUAGGCUAGCGUCAUAAGAGGAAGCUGUUUAGGCGACCGAGAAGGUUGGAUCCCAUUUCUUGCCAACAGCGAGAUCGAUUGAAAGGCUAAAGCGGGAAGAGAGAUUAAUUCAAUGUGACGCUAUGCAGGGGGCCACAAUCAGCAAUUUAUCAUGUAGAUGAACCAUUGCAGGGGUGCAUGUCAUAGAGACAGGGUUUGUACCCCAUUUGGCCCUUCCAAGUCACAGCCAGGCAGCCUUUCACUGCUUGUAGACGUAGUAGCACGGACAUGGCACGGAGGGUGAAGAGG